CCCACAUCGUCUUACUCCCCAGAUCGUGCGUACCUUUGUCUCCUUCUCCCUCUUCCUUUCUCCAGGUCGAACCACGGGGGAACUCGAUCCCGUUUGCCUCGCACAACUUCAACCUCAACCUCAAGUUUCGACCCUCAACGUUGGAUGCACCCUGCAUUUAGGAUACCGCUGAAACUCUCACGACUCCCAUUACUUUGCCCCAAUCGAUUUGAUUUACAGCCUCGACCGAAUCACCAGCUACUUGCGACAUUGUUUCAGGUACACGACGAACAACUGCUAGGACAUCGAUUCAACCAGACUCGAACGCAAAGAAGCAGGAUUGGAAAGAGAAUCAGACUUGGGAACCACAUCGCACCGAUCGACACCAUUCGGCAACCCUCAUUCAUGUCGCUAUUUUCGACGACCUUGAUUUCUUCCACCGCCGCCGAACAGACAAUGCCGUGCAACGUUUCCAUCUUACAGUAGCCAACUCCGAUCCUUCUCGCGACGAUAUCCGAUCACCUCGGGCGCAACUCACACCCCCUCUUCGCCGCGUCUUGACGACGCCGGCAUUCCGUAAAUCUCUUUGGAAGCAGGUUUCUUUCGACGACAAGCCGCCAUCAUGCUGCGACCGGCGACCCCCAUGUCGUUGCUGCUCUUCGCGGCCUUCGCCCUGCUAUUGCUUUCUACCUUGUCGACACCCGUCAUUAAGCAAAUACCACUCGGCAGCUUCAAGGGUGCCAGCUUUGGAGUCUUUGGCGUUUGUAAGGCGGAUGGCACUUGCGAAGGCCCUGAGAUUGGCUAUGACACUACCAAAGUGUUUGCAGCUGCAGACAACAAGGGUGCCUUUGACCUACCGGACUCGGCUCGAAACACUCUCUCCGCCAUUCUGAUCGUGCACCCGAUCGCCGCUCUUACGACGCUCAUCAUGCUUAUCAUGGCUGCCGUUGCCCAUCUUCACUCACCCUCGCAUUCGGCUCGCUACCUCCUCGCUGUCUUCAUCUUCUCCUUCAUCGACUUUCUCAUCUGUCUCUUGGCCUUCCUGGUCGAUGUACUCUUGUUCGUCCCUCAUAUGGCCUGGGGCUCAUACAUCGUCCUCGCCGCCACGAUUCUCGUUGGAAUGAGUGGACUCGUGGCCUGCGCUAUGCGUCGUAUGCUGGUCAGCAGAAAGGCCAGGAAGAAGAGGAUCGCCGAAAAUGCCGAGAUGAGCGGAGAAAACUACUACAACCGUGAGGCUCAAGUCAAGACUACCGGAUCCAUCGGCUCACAGCCGACCAUGCCCGUUGUAAGCGGUGGAAACGGCGUCGAUAAGCUGCCUACGUUUGCCUCAUUCGAAUCCCAGAAGAAGGACGACCAGAUCAGCGAUGAGCAUAUCCCCUUGACAGCCAGAAGCCCCACCAAUGGCUCCCAAGGCAUCGUGGCUGCAACAGAUGUACCCCCCUCACGGUCUGGAUCCGUUCCGCCGAACAGAGAUCCGUAUGGAAACCCAAUGCCGCCACAAGAUGGGUUCGGUCCCAGGAGAGGGCCCUCUCAAGAGCGCAUGAGAGGUAGAGGCGGCAUGCCCGCCGGUGGAUUUAGAGGACGCGGCGGCGGUGGUUAUGGCAGGGGUGGGUACAACAAUUACGGCCCACCACCUCCGGGGAGAGGCGGCUACGGCCCUCCGGGACGAGGAGGAGGCUACGGUGGGCCCCCUCCUGGUGGCAGAGGCGGAUAUGGGCCGCCCCCUCGCGGUGGGUUUGGACCGAAUGGCAUGCGAGGCGGACGGCCGCCUCCGCCUGGCUACCAACCUGGGCCUGGCGGCCCAGGACCAUAUGACCGCAGACCAAGCCCAGGCAACGGCUACGGUGGUCCCCCUCCUCCCGUUGGACCGUACGGGCAACGCUCCAUGGACAUGGCCCCUGGGUACAACAGUGCAAACAACAGCACCAACCCCUCUCUCCCAUCCAUCCCGCAGCAGCAAGGCUAUGAGGCCUACAAUCCGGAGCGUGGGAGCUUGCCGCGAGCCGAAUCACCUCCGCCUCUCCCUGGUAAUACACCGCCGCCAAUGGUUGGUCAAGCGGUUGAGAUGGAUGCGGCAACGGGAAGUCCCGCCCUCCCGCCUCAAGGGUUCGGCCAGUUCCGGGACAGUGAUGCCGAUAUCGCUGGCAUGGUUGGGCUUCAGCAGCAGCAAAACGGUGGAAACAGGUCUCAACCCUUGAGACAUGACACGUACAUGAGCGAGGGAAGCAGGUACAGCUCGGACGAGGCAUACGUACCGCCUCGUCAGGCCUGGAACAACCAAGGCUCAUCACGCACGGCGUCUCCGCUGCAACAUAGUGAGCUACCCACCCGAAGCUCGCCUGCGCCGGCGGCCAGCGACUACUACGAGGAUGUCGAUCCGCGCUUCGCGGACGUGCCAGCACCGGCUCCAGCUCCCAGAGCAGGCCCCCCGCCUGCCCUUCAGGUACCUCUACCCGCGCCCAAUAUGUAUGAUGACGCUCAUGCGGAUGCCGGUGCACGUAGCCCUGGCGCCGAGUCUGAUCGAUCCAAUUUCACCUCGAUAUCUCAGAGAGGGAUAAACCCAAGGUGGAACCCCGCCCCUCCGAUGCCUGGAUCUGGUCAGCAGAUGCCGCCGCGUCGGCCGGUUCAACAGCAACGGCAAGACGUUCUGUUGAACAAUAACCCCGACUUCGAGCUGCCCGGCAGUCGCCUUGGACCCCCAUCUCGCACGGGGGGCAACGGUAUGAUACCCGGCAGUGCGUACCCGCCAGGCUUUUAAUCACUACAACUUUAUCCCUUUUUCGCUCGACCAUAAUUGGUUCAUUCUCGUCGGGUCUACUCGCCACGUCGUAUAUAUAUACCUGUCAAGGGAUGCCUGGCAUUUCCAUUCUCGACCCUCCUUCAACACUACGAGUCGCAAUUACGAGUCUCAGCAUGGGCUCAUGACGUUUACACUCAUGUCCUUCAGCCGAUACCCCAAGCAACAUUCAGUUCUCAUCCGCCCAGUACAUACACCGGACUCGUGUUUUCUUUCUAAAACGGGCAUUUCUCUUCUAACAUGAGCUUCUUUGUUUUUGAAGCAGUUGAUACAGCGGACUUCUAUUCUUGGGUAUCCCAAAAUCUCCUUCCAAGUGGUUGACUUCGAAACUUGGUCCUUUCUUCACAAGGUAGUCAGGGAUUGGUUGUGUAGGCGGGUUCUCCCGACAUCAUUGUCUACGAGGGCAGCCAAAUUUCCCGGCCUACUUUGUUUCAAGCUAAUCGAUCCCCACACGACGCAUGCGGGGGAUAUGAUAGAAUAUUGUAGAGGCAUGUGCAGGCCAUUUGGUCACAAUUGCCUCUGGCCUUUUUCUUUUGAUGAGCGGUUACCUGGCUUGUAGGGGAGGAAUAGGAUUACAGCAUAUGGUUUCAAGAUCGUUGGCCGGACUCUUGAAUCGGCUUUCGAGUUUUUCGCAUGUGAUGAGGAAAGCAUGGAUGGACCCUCCGGUGCAAGAAGAGGAACGAUGGGCAUCGUUGUGACAGCUAACACAUGUACACCGCAUUUCGUCUGCUCGGGUGCGUGUGAUGGUAGAGCAACAUAGGUGGUAGCUGAACAAUAAGACGGAUUGCCCUGAUCAUCCAAACCAUAACACUUGCAUCGCGCCUGGCUUAUGCUUACA